CAGGCUGCGUUCAGGGCAGACUCCGCUCCCUGCCUCAGGAAAUCCCCCUUCCUUCUUCCGCAGAGGCGGUCGACGUCACGUCUGCUGGCCUCAGCUCGUUUCGCUGAUGUGCGUGAAGUGCGUGAAAGCUCCAUGAUGCUCUCUGCCCCCGCAGCCGCUGGACUUCUCCUAAUGUUCGCCUGGAUGUGUCCAGGUGACGCGCUGUACUUCCACAUCGGAGAGACGGAGAAGAAGUGCUUCAUCGAGGAGAUCCCGGACGAGACCAUGGUGAUCGGAAAAUACAGGACUCAGCUGUGGGACAAGCAGUCCAGUUCCUUCCUCCCAGCCACACCCGGCCUCGGGAUGCAUGUUGAGAUCAAGGAUCCAGAUACAAAGAUCAUCCUCUCUCGUCAGUAUGGGUCAGACGGGCGGUUCACCUUCACCUCCCACACUCCUGGAGAACAUCAGAUCUGCUUGCACUCCAACUCCACCAAGAUGGCUCUGUUUGCAGGAGGGAAGCUGAGAGUGCAUCUGGAUAUUCAGGUCGGAGAACAUACCAACAACUAUCCUGAAAUCGCAGCUAAAGAUAAACUCACCGAGCUGCAGCUGAGAGUCCGACAGUUAUUGGACCAGGUGGAACAGAUCCAGAAGGAGCAAAACUACCAGCGGUAUCGCGAGGAGCGAUUCCGCAUGACGAGCGAGAGCACCAACCAGCGCGUCCUCUGGUGGUCCAUCGCUCAGACACUCAUCCUCAUCGUCACCGGCAUUUGGCAGAUGAAGCACCUCAAGAGCUUUUUUGAGGCCAAAAAAUUGGUGUAAUGUCUUUUCUUUUUUUUUUUUUGAGCAUGAGGAGACAGACUUGACUGACCAGAGUGGAGAGACGCCCAAACAUCCAGGAAAGGGGGGCAUGUGGUCUUAAUAUCAACCAUAAAUGGUACAAACAAAUUCCCAGAGGCAGUCUUGAUCCUGGGCCCAUUUCCUUGUAAAUGUUUUAAAGCUAUUGUUAUUUUUCCGUUAGCAACAGUAGCACAACAUUCCAACUUCCUCUCUGUUGUGUGAAGACGCAGAGACGUCAGUGAACUGAGUUCAUACGGGAGUGAAUGUCUGCUGCACUAGAUAUGUAAGAAUGUUAAAGCUGUUCCAAGUAAUAACUGAGUAGUUACUGAUACAUGAGUUGAUGUGUGUAAUAUUUUCAUUGUUCGUGUUGCACAUAGUUUGAUUUCCAGGAAACUUUUAACCAUCUGCUUUCUAGCUCUGUUCGUCCAGUGUUUACACUUAUUGCAAAUAUGCAAAUAUUAUACUGGCCUCGAUUCCUUAAACGUCCUUUUUAUAACUAUUUACUCAUAAGGUCCAGUGUGUCGGAUUUACAGAAUAUGGCAGAAAUGUAUUAUAAUAAUCAUAACUCUGUUUUCAUUAGUGUAUAAUCACCUGAAAACAAGAACUGUUUUGUUUUUAGUGUUUUAUAUCCACAGACGCCUCAGCCAUGUUCCGACAGCAGCACAGAAACCAGUUUCUCCUCCAUGCUAGGAUGUAGAGAGUCAGGCGAGGGGGUUGCAAUCAACAACUACUCCACUGGAUGCCACUAAAUCCAACACACUGCUCCUUUAACACCUGCGUUUAGCAUUUAUAAGCAGCAUAUAAGCCCUUAUUAAAUGGUUUUAUAACCACUAAUGGAGGACAUUUGAAUGUGUUUGAGAACGACCUGCCACAGAGCGUUCGUGAACAGUUCAUUAAAUGUUAAUAACACAGCAUAAGAAGGCUGCAAGGAUCUAUGAAUACACACGUGAACGUCGCCUCACAGUGUGUUAUUAAGCAUCUAUUAACUACACGAGCAGAUCAUUCACAAGAUAUGCAGAGCCAGGUUCUGUCCACUUACUGGUUUCCUAGAGCUUUCAGCCUUUAGAUGUUGAAGCAUUUACAUUUGUAAAUAAAUGAAUAAAUUCAUCCACAGUUAAUAUAAUCAGUGAACUUAAUUCCAGACACAGUUUAGAUAAAGUUCCUACUGUGGACAAAUCCAACACUUGCAUGUUCUCAUAUCCUCUCACGACUACACGUGUUUAUAUGUUGCUUCUAAACGACGUGUCACCAUCCUUCUACUGACUGUAUAUAGUUUCUAGCUGGAGUUCAGUCUCCUGUACAUUUGGGCAGAGCUAGGUCUGUACAUACAGUUUGUAAUACUUGUCUAUUAAUAACAGGAUUCUGCUGUAUGUUGUAAAUAACAGGUGUAGCUUAUUGACUGUCCUGUUCAUUUUCUAAUGCCUUUUACACUGACCUAAUGAUAUACGAGAUUUUCAGCUGUAUCUCCAGGUUAACUUAUUUAUUGGGCGGUCGUAGCCUGUGUUUUAUUGCUGAGCGUAAUCCAUUUUGACUGUAACAAGCUAAUUUGGGUUCCAUUUAUUAACAGAGGUUUUUAAUAUUGUUAAUUAAUCAGAUCCAUAAUGAGGAAUGAACUAGAGAGGCAGUGUGUUCACAGGGUUCUCAUGUUUUACUUGCAGUUUAGAUUUGAGUCCAGUUCUUAAACUUCAACAUAUUCUGUGUUCACUUCUAUUUAAAGUUGUUCACUCGAAAAAUGUUGAGAUUUUUACCGUGGUCCAGAUGUCACCUCCAUGUGCUUAAUAAAAGAAACUUUGGCCUGA